UGUUGCUGAGACGGGAAGGAUGGCAGGGCUCCUCUCUGGGAGUGCCAGCAGGACCCUGUGGGGUUGGGUGCCCCUGGCUUGUAGAAGCUUCUCUCUGGGUGUUGCUGGAAUGUCCCGUGUGAGGCUCACCCUGCCGCCCCCGAAAAUAGUGGAUCGUUGGAACGAGAAGAGGGCCCUGUUUGGAGUGUAUGAUAAUGUCGGCAUCCUGGGUGACUUUGAGAAGCACCCAAAGGAGCUGAUCCGGGGGCCCUGCUGGCUUCGAGGCUGGAAGGGGAACGAACUGCAGCGUUGCAUCCGAAAGAAGAAAAUGGUCGGGAGUCGCAUGUUCGCCGAUGACCUGCACAACCUGAACAAACGGAUCAGAUACCUCUACAAGCACUUCAACCGCCAUGGGAAGCACCGGUAGGAGCGAGCCCGGA